GUCUGCAUUUCCAACUCCAUCGGCCCACAAGCGUAGCUCGCCUCAUUCGCCGUGAACAGCAGCUGUUUUGCAGUCGGACUAAGAUUAUUGCUUCAGCGAGUUCACUGCCAUACAAAACCGAAUUUGUUCUCUUUCUUCUUUCUCAUAUACACCGCAGCUAGAUAAAGUAGAGGAGCGCAAUCAUUCGUUUGGGCCAACGGCUUCUCACCUUUUCCGUUCCUUACCUGUCUACCCCUGCACGCACAGGCCGAGCAGGCAGAAAAGCACGCGACUCGACUGCAACGACUUAGUUCUUCAUUACUGCAACCAUGACCAACCCGAGCGCCCCCGGCGGUGAUUGCGACUACAUCUUCAAGAUCAUCGUGAUUGGUGACAGCGGUGUGGGCAAGUCCUCGUUGACGGUGCGCCUCUCUGAAGAUGUCUUCUACAAGGACUACGCCUCCACGAUCGCCAUCGACUUCCGCAUGCAUCAGAUGAGCUACAUGGACAAGCGGGUCCGUCUACAGAUCUGGGACACGGCAGGACAGGAGCGCUUUCAGUCUGUGGCAACGGCGUUCUAUCGCGGCGCCAAUGGUGUGUUGCUGUGCUUUGACCUGACGCACCGGCCCUCCUUUGUGCACUUAGAGCAGUGGAUGGACCGCGUGAAGCAGCAGGCCUUGCCGGGCAUCCCUUGUCUGUUGGUGGGCUGCAAGAGCGAUGAGGCGCGCUCCAGCCGGCAGGUGACGCGCGAGGAGGCCGUCGCCUGGGCGCAGCAGCACAACAUGCCCUUCAUCGAGACGAGCGCGAAGGAAAAGGAAAACGUGCAGACGGCCUUCCAGCAGAUCACGAAGUCCAUUUUUGAGGACAUGAAGGAGCGCAACGGCAAGUCACCGGCGGCGGGCAACAACGCGGCUGGACGCGCGCAGAGCGUCAACCUUGAUCAGAAGACCUCCUCUGGAAAGAAGGAGAGCAAGUGCUGCUAAGUUGGAGAUGGUGCAGUUGUGCUUCUUGUUCUACUGUUAGUUUGGCAAGGACCCCCUCAUCUUGGUUGGCCUUCCCUCCGCGCGCAUGUGAAUCGCUGGAGUGAGGCCUCCGUUUUGCGGGCGUGUUUGCGUCUUGAUCUCUUUUAUCAUUUAUUUAACACGUUGGCGGCGGCAGUCGUACCGCACGGUGCGAGGUGAUUGUCGCUCGUAGCACGCGCUCUUCUUUGGCAGGUGUGUACGGCACCAUGUCUCGCCUCAACGGGCAGCGCGUUGUAUCCCCGCCUCUCCACAGCUCUUCCGCCUUUCCACGAUUAGACUUUGUGCAGAGAAGAGCAGCGCCGUACCGGGCGAACGAAACGCUGGAAUGAAGUGAAAGACAGAAAAAGAAAGAAGGGGGAGACAACAAACCGCAAAAGUCAUUGUCGCACGACGACGACGGCACACGUAUUUUUAACUGUUUUCGUCACUCUUCGGGGUGGCACGGUGCGUUUAAGCCGACACUUUCAUUUCAGUUUCUGUGUUGUUAUCCUGUGAAUGCUGCACUGACGGUGGUGAAAGGCUUUUUCCCGUAGAGCCUUUGGGGCCAACGAAUGCACACUGGAAAAGGAAGCGCCACAAGCAAGAAACAACUGACCGGCGUGGGGUAAAGAGACAAUUGAUCGAGUUUAGAUGUUUCUUCUUUGUUUUCUCCUUUUCGUUUUAGAUACGUCGUCGUGCUGUCCACGACGGUGUGCUCCCCGAUUUGCCCCGGACUACGCACGACCACCCACAGCUAUUUUCCCUUUGUACCUUUGCUUUUCGGUGAGGCCACCGCGUUGGGUCCCGGCGCGGCACCGUCGUCGUGCGUCUCCCUCUGAAGGGUUCAGCCAACGAUUUUUGUUUGAAUGGCUGUCUCAACUGCUUGUUUGCCAGCGGAAUGGUGUCUUCUCUUCCCUUAAAAAAAAAAAACCCCCAGCAACGGAAAUAGCAUGUAUUAUCACGUUUUUGGUGUUUAGAGGGCGUUUCAGUUUAUACAGUUUGCUGCUGCGAUUCUCCGGUUUUUCCUUUUCUCUUUUGCUUUGCUUCAACCUUAUUCCAUCCGUUGUUCUAUAACUUGCUAUUACCUGUACGUCGAUGAUGCCGUGUGUUUGUGUUCGUGUGUGGUCCUUGGGGUGCGAUGCCCCUUCCGUGCGUGUGUCACGGCGGGGACCUCAUGUGUGUGCGUUCUUCUUUGUUUUCCUCCUCAGUGUCUUUUUGUGCUAUACAGUAAAACG